AUGGAUUCCUGCAGCACUGGGAAUUUAUUCCAGUACUACUGGGAAUGUAUCCCACAGCACUGGGAAUGUGUUCCUGUAGCACUGGGGAUGUAUUCCUGUACCAGUGGGAAUUUAUUCCAGCACUACUGGGAAUGUAUCCCACAGCACUGGGAAUGUGUUCCUGUAGCACUGGGAAUGUAUUCCUGUACCAGUGGGAAUGGAUUCCUGCAGCACUGGGAAUUUAUUCCAAUACCAUGGAAUUUAUUCCCACAGCAUUGGGAAUUUAUUCCAGUACCACUGGGAAUGGAUUCCUGCACCACUGGGAAUUUAUUCCAGCACUACUGGGAAUGUAUCCCACAGCACUGGGAAUGUGUUCCUGUAGCACUGGGGAUGUAUUCCUGUACCAGUGGGAAUGGAUUCCUGCAGCACUGGGAAUUUAUUCCAAUACCACGGAAUUUAUUCCCACAGCAUUGGGAAUUUAUUCCAGUACCACUGGGAAUGUGUUCCUGCACCACUGGGAAUGUAUUCCUACAGCACUGGGAAUUUAUUCCCACAGCAUUGGGAAUGUGUUCCCACAACAUUGGGAAUGUAUCCCAGUACCACUGGGAAUUUAUUCCAAUAUCACUGGGAAUUUAUUGCCACAACAUUGGGAAUGUAUCCCUGCAGCACUGGGAAUUUAUUCCAAUAUCACUGAGAAUUUAUUCCCACAGCAUUGGGAAAGUGUCCCAGUACCACCAGUGGGAAUGUAUCCCAGUACCACUGGGAAUUUAUUCUCACAGCACUGGGAAUUUAUUCCCACAGCAUUGGGAAUGUAUUCCUGCCCCAUUGGGAAUUUAUUCCAGUACCAGUGGGAAUUUAUUCCCACAGCAUUGGGAAUUUAUUCCAGUACCAGUGGGAAUUUAUUCCCACAGCAUUGGGAAUGCAUUCCUGCCCCAUUGGGAAUUUAUUGCAGUAUUAGUGGGAAUUUAUUCCCACAGCAUUGGGAAUGCAUUCCUGCCCCAUUGGGAAUUUAUUGCAGCAUCACUGGGAAUUUAUUCCCACAGCAUUGGGAAUGUAUUCCUGCCCCAUUGGGAAUUUAUUCCAGUAUUAGUGGGAAUUUAUUCCCACAGCACUGGGAAUGUAUCCCAGUACCACCAGGAAUGUGUCCCAGCACUUCCACGCUGCCUCUGCAGCCCCCACUCCUCGGUGGCACCUUGGCAUAAUGCAGUGGGGGCUGGAGUUUCCCCUCCUGGUGCCCAUUUGGUGCCCGCCCAGUCCCGGCCCAGGGCCAGGGUGGCACUGGGGCUGUCCCCAGGGGCUGUGUCCCCUCUGUCCCCGCUCACCAGUGCAGGCUCCUGCCAGGGGAGGGGGAGGCUGCAGCUCUCACGUCCCCCAUGGAAUGAUGUACAAUGACUCGAAGCUCUGUAUUCCUUUCCUCUGGAAGUAAAUGGGAGAAAAUC